AUGGUGGUCGGGAUGGGCCACGGGCAGAUCUGGGUUCAGGCGGUGACUCUGGUGAUCCUGUACAUCAUAACGUUUGCGGCGAUUUUGGUAUUUCUGGUGCUGUUGUGGACGCCGCUGUUCCUGCCGAUCUCAGUGAUCUUCGGGCCCGCGGGGCCGCUGGGCUACGUGCUGACGCUGUAUGCGAACGCGCAGUUCUUCACAACCAUGAUCGUGAACUCGCACCUGGCGACGCCGCUGUUGGACUACACCAUUGCGUCGCUGAUGGGUAUCCAUAUUGAGUACAAGCGCCAUAACCCUGAAUUGGUGGAGCCGGAGGCGUUCAGCGCAUACGAUGUGCUGACGGUGCUGCGCCUGGUCAUGAGCGUUGCCGUGAUGGUGGUUCUGGUGACCAUCCCGAUUCUGGGACCUGUUCUACUGAUGUUUGUGAUGAAUGUAAAGUUUUCAUACGACUUCUACGAGCGGUUCUUAAUUCUACGGGGACUAAACCAGGUGCAGCGCCGUGACGUGUUCUACCAGCAUAUCUUACAGUUUGCAUACUUCGGGGGGUCGUACACGGUUUUAAAUUUCGUGCCUCUAUUCUCAGUCUGGGGCUUUGUGUGCUAUCCGUUGGCAAUCAAAAUGUGGGCGACUUCCAACAUCAUCCACUUUACAGCGGAAGAGGUAGAGUCAAUCACUGAAUGA